AUGGAUGACUUGGUUUGUUUAAAGUUAUUAAGAUCCAGAAAAAGGUGCAACCACAAUGACAUACAUAGUAUUCUGCCCAACGAAUGUAAUGACAUAGUAGCUCUGCUUUUGUUCAAAGGGAGAAAUAAGGCUCAAGAUAAAGGCCUUAAUUUGUGCUUCAAUUUUUUCAACAGUCGUAAUAGUGCCAAUUUUUUCCUAAACAGUGAUACGCAAAACUGCUUCUGGAUAUAUUGCGACAAGGACAUUUUUACAAAAGGGAAAAGUGUGCAACAUCAAGUUCCCGUUUUGAUAUCCCAACAAACUGCCCUUUUGAAUUUCUACAAUUUUGCACAUGUCAAUAACAUCAAUGCUCACCUUGAAAAUCGAGAAAUAAGAAUUCAACGUAACUCUCUUCAGCUUGAUAUUUAUAAAAAGGCACACACGCAUGGAAAGUCAAGUGAAAGGAAUAAGCUGUACAAUUUUUAUAUUUCCUACGAUAAGCUCUUUAGCUUUGUCGUUUCGUUGAAUAAAAAGCUCUCCUUUUUGGACUCGUUCAAUGAAAAAUUUGUGAAAAUAAUUCCGAAGGGGGAAAGCUCCCUCUUCAUCCUGCUGAACGACAUAGUCUGUAUUAAGCUGAUAGCCAAAGGACUAAGCUUAAAAGUGACAAAAGUAUCAAGCCUGCAAAACAUUCUGACAAAUGUUCGUGAUUAUAUUUACUUCCAGAAAUGUGUUUAUAGAAAUGACAAGCUAUUCAUUUUAACGCUGACGGCUCAGCAAUUUUUGCUCAUCUUCAAUGGGGGGGAAACGGCCCACUUGGCAAUAAAUAUAAAUAAGCACUUGAGAACCUUUUUCACAGACUUUGAAGUUAGUCAUGAUCUGUCGCACGUAUUGCUGGUCGACUUGUGCAACCAGAUUUGGUCCUUUGAUUUAGAAAUGUACUAUCGUCUUAAUUUGGGCAGUGGAAAAAAUGAAGGGAUUUUUACGAAGAAGCAAAAAAUAAAAAACGUUGAAAUUUAUUCGUUACAGACAAGGGCAGAACCAUUCAGAUAUGUAGAAAUUUGCCAAAAUGGGGAUGAAGAAAAUGAAUUCAUCCAUUUUGAGGGAGGUAAAAGAAAGGUAAAGUUCAACUUUGAAUCGUAUUUUCCAGAAUCCUUUAAAUUAAGACAGAAGUGGAUUUACGUAAAUGCAACGUGCAGGAGAGAAAAGGAUAACAAUGUUAUUAGCAUAUGGAAUUACAAAAUUUUGGAGAACUCCAAAUAUGCUUACAUAAUUGGUGAAAUUAAAAAUCGGUGUGGAGUAAAAUGGAACUUGUACCAAUCUGCACAGCGAGCAGAACGAUCUGAAGACAACGGGAAGAACAGCCAUCGGGAAAAUUACACCAGAAUGUUAUAUUACUAUGAAUGGGUUAAAAGACCCACCUGUUACAUAAAUUCUUUGAAUCAUUUUACUGAAUAUGAUGCGUGCAAACUUGAGGAUGUAGGGAGCAAUGAUGCAAACGUCUUGGGAUAUGAACCUUUGGAAACUAAUAGCGAAGAGUCGAAAGGGUCUUAUGGCAUAAAAAUGGAUUACCACCUUGCCAAGAAGUACAGUAUUCACCAGAAUGAGGAAAUGUAUCGACACGUGGCUGGUCGGACAAGUGAGGGUGUCAGCAGUGUGGGAGAGAUAUAUGCCGUGAGUGCCAAUAUGGGUAUCCCUAAAAAUGGGAAACCAAGUGAUUGCUAUACCUACGGUGCAGACCCACACAGGUGCGGCCACAAAAGGGGGGACUAUUCCGAUGUAGAAUUGUGCGUCCCCCAUAACGCCUCCACUGCGCACAAACCAGAGGAUCCCAAUUUAGAGCAAUCCAUAAAAAGACUUAAUCAGAUACUCCCAAAAUAUAUACAACACAUCCACGUGUAUGAUGACUUCAAUGAUGUAAAAAAUUUAUUCCUCAUUAAGCAUUUCCUAAAGUCCAAUAAUAAACGUGGACAUAAUUUGCACAAGGCGAAAAAUAAAAAUACCCUAUAUGGUAAAAAAGUGAGCAGCGUAAAGUUACAUUUAUGUAGAAACUAUUUUUUUGUUGAAUAUGUACACCGUCCAUGGGAGCAACAGGUAGAGGAAGGUAGAAAAACUGAGCGAUACCUAACUGUUCUCAAAAGGGAGAGUAGCAAGAUUGAGUUCCUAUGUACACUGAAGAAUUACAACUAUUUCUACCUGAACAAUAAAUGGCAUGCUCUGAUCCAUGUUGAAGAUGUUCUAUGCAAAGUGCUAUUCAAAAAUUACAUGCACGCUCUGUUCAGCACCAGUGCAUACAACGAGAGGGAACAGACAGAGGGAAUUCUAAAAAUGAAUAAUAUCAAAAGGCAUUACCACUACUUUGUCAUGUUAUACAACGGGUUCUUAAACAAAGACAUGAAUUUAAUUAGAAAAACCUUGAGAAUACUUUCCUUCAAAGCAACGGUACUCCUAUGCAGGAUGCUAUUUCACUACAUUUGGAGUAACUUCAAUAUGGAAAUAAUUUAUUUUUACUUCUUUCAUUAUUUUUCCUUCGUAAAUCAUGUGUGGAAAAAGAAAUACAAACGGACGAUGAGCAGUUUUAUGAGCAUUAUAAAACAGAAAAGGGAGUGCAUAAGAAUAUACAUGGCAGUGUCUCUGCGACAAAUCUCUGACAUAGUUGAUGUGAUAGGAAAGAAGUACCUCUGUUUUCAGGAGAGCAACGAAUUUGAAAGAUCGGAGAUGCAAAAUGGGGUUGGGGAAAAUGGUAAGGACAUGCAUAAUAGUAAUAAAAAGAAGAAAAAAAAAACUGUCAACAUGAAUAUUGCACUUUCCAAAGGGAUACAAACUCAAAGGGGAAAUUUACAAAACUGCUACGAAAUGUUAAAUGAGCAAAGUGGAACAUCUCUCAUUGCUCAGAGCAGUUCACCCAAAGGUGGAACCUUCGCAGAUGGCCAUUUUGGUCACGCAGCAUCGAAGAAAAAGACGCAGGGGAAAGCAGAAUUGGUAGGGGAUCCAUCUAAAGACAACCCACGUUGUAAUAACUCAACCCAAUUGAAGAAGAGCCCAGCAAAAGAGGGAAAUAAGACAUCCAGGUGCACAAACCUCAACUCCGAUAUAUCGUCUUACGGCAAAAGAACGAAACCUGCCACGGAUGAUAGCAGCAGCAGCAACAACAACAACAACAACGACGACGACAGGAUAAACAUCCACAGAAAUGAUGACAACAAAUAUAUAAAAACAUUUCUCAUAUACUACUUCGAAAAACUGUGCUUUCGCGAUAACUACAAUUUAUUUUUGAAUAAACAGUACAGCAUCGAAAUGUGCUCGCUGACAUUACACUUUAUCAUAUCAUUUAUAGACCACGUUGUAAAGAAAAAACGAUCAAGGGGGAACAACUCCAGAAAAAGGAACAAGGCAAUUUUUCUUGAACUUAAUAAAUAUAUAUACUUUACUAAACUUUUGAUGAAUGUACUUCUAGGCAAUUACGAAAUGAAAGUAAAACAUACAACCAGAAGAAAUGUGAGUCCGGGAAAUGGCUGGGAAGAUAUGAAAUCUUUUGAAAAUUCGAAUGGCACAUUGCACGAACCCAAUUUUUUCAGUUCCACCUAUCUUAAUGUGUACAGUAUGUAUGAUUCGAUAUCGAAAAUAUUGUACGUAAAAAAAUCGGCCUCCGAUAAGAUAGGUAAGCUCCUUCAGGGAGAUAACACUCUGGACAAUGCUAGCAGUAGAGGUGAACUAAAUGGCCACGUGCAUGGGCAGGCAGACGGUCAGACUACUACUCAGUUGAAAAGUAAAGGGGAUAAAAAAAGUACCAAGUGGAAUGAUGGAGAGUUGCUACCCCCUGAUGAAUCGUGUCACAACUCUAAUGGGGAAAAUUCCCCAAUGGUGGGGAAACCAAGCGCAAAGGAUAGAAGAGUAAAAAGGAGUGACCUUUGUAUUUCUGACCGUUCGAAAGUAACUUUAACGGGAAGUAAUCUUAGGGUUCACGAAACUCCUGAGGAGGCGUACAUCGCAUCGAAUCAUAAAACAGACAAUGCUCAAAAUAUUAGGAAUCUCGUUUUUUACCUGUGCUACUGUUUUAUCGUCACUACGAAGAGUAAAAAGAAAGGGCUCCCAUAUUUUUAUAUGAAAGACGUGCUAUAUAGGGAGGUCGCUACCUCGAAUAAGUUACUUUGUGCCGAGCGCCCUUUCGACAGCGUCAUUUACGAUAUACUCAAUACCAAUGAUUUAAGUACAGUAAUUUAUUACAUUUACACGAAGCAGUAUGAAUUCUUUUUGAAUUUCCUGCUCCUAUAUUUUAACUACAACCUGUUGCACAAUUUUUUGCAAAACAGUCGAGACGACUUUGUGAGGAACUUCGCUUAUGGCAUUGCUCGGGGGGGUGCGAACAGCGGGGAAAAUCAGAACAAUUCGAAGGAUGUUCCCCAGGGGGAAAAAACGCCUACAAAAGAUAUGACGACAAAGCAGACGACGAAGAAAACGACGAAGCUGAAGAUAAAGAUAACGGUAAAGACAAACAAACAGACUAAGGAGAAGAAGGAAGUAUAUAACACCCUUUUCAACAAACUGCUAAGCGCCAUUAUAAACGACUCUGGAAUUACAAUUAACAAGGGAGAGACGCACAAAUGUAGCACCUUUAUUGAUUAUUUGUUGAAGGCCCAGGGAGGCAACUCUUCAAUAACUGGCAAAGAAAAUGAAAGGCUGGUUAUUCGCAAAAGUGGGGUUGCUUCCGGGGAAACAGUUACCUUGUGGAACUCCACCAAUGGGACAGCGAACGGGGGGUGCAAGCCGAAUGGAGAAAUUGGUUGCACACAUGAUAAAUCCUUGGUUAAGGGAAACCACAACAAGGAUGAAGUGCAAAGCGGUAAAAUGAACUCCACAUGCAACCGUGUUAUUGAAGAACUUUCAAUGUGCUCCCCACAUAAAAUGCAACUCGAAGAAAGGAAGCACACAUUGGACAACAACGUAUUGAAGAUAUACAAGAUGUACGACACUCUGAAUGAUUGUUUCACAAAAUUAAAAAACGAAAUUCAAGUAAAAAAUAUAAACACAUUUUUACAUUUUCACAAUGAUAUAAAAAGAAUUUUAAAAAACAACUUAGUAAAUGUAAUCAUGGACAUAUACAAAUUAGUCAUGGAAGAUAAAAUGGAGUGUAAUUCUCAUUUUAAGGGAAACGUAAUGAAUCACUUGGUGAGUAAUGCGAACAUCCCAUUUUGCUUUAUCCAUUUGAACCCCCAAAAGAUGGUGAUAAAUUACUAUGGAACUAUCAUAUAUAGGCUACUAUGCAACAAUAUAGACACCUACCUAAACGUGUGUGUACGCAUAUUAAAAGUACUAUGUGUAGAUGUGUUGAAAUAUUUAAAAAAAAUUGCCCUAAAUACUUUGAAGAAAUAUAUAAGAAAUAAAUUACUCCUAUUUUUGCAUAAGAAUGGUUGCGCUUUUAGUGUAGCGGAUAAAAGGGCCAUCAAAUUUGUAUCUAUUCUGGAAAUCUUUUACAGAAAGAGUUCCUACGUAGCUGAGCAUAACAGUGCAUACACCGAUUAUAUGUUGAACAGAACUAUUUUUAAUCUUUAUCACAGUGCAGGCUUUUUAGAUGCACUGAAGAAGAAAUUACACCAUGGUGGCCACAACUACGUUCAUGACAUAAUAUACAAAGAGAAAAGACCCUUGAGGGUUCUUUCUCUCCUUAACAUGUUCGAUGCGUCUAACAUGGAAAACACCCAAUUUGUCAACCAUUUUGAUCACGCCUCGCAUUUGUUUGUGCCGUUUGUUAUUCAGAAUUUUUUCAACACAUACUAUGUUCAGGGUAGGAGAGAAAUGCGUGGGGAGGAGGUCACAGGGAGGACGAAAAGGCAUAAUAUGAGGGAAAGAAACAAGGCCCACUCGCAAGGUCCAAAAACCAUAAUAAGCCAUUGUUCACUAAACUGGAUAAAUACCAAACGGAGGGAUAGGAAGAAAUGCCACCUAGUUCGAAUGAGAAAUGGUUACUUGAUCAAAAUCAGGCACAAUACAAGAAUGAACAACAAAUUGCGCCACACAGGCAGGGAUGAACUGGCUAUACGCCGGAGCUAUAAAAUUGAACCAUCCAUUUGGGGAAGAAGAAAAACAUUAAAUAUGCACACAAAUGAGUACACCAAAAUAUAUGAACCGCUUCCAACAACAGAUUUGUUCUACGAAAAUUUGAAAAGAUUACCCCUCGAAGGGGGAACACAAAAGAUUGAUAUUACGUCCCAUUUUGGAGGAACAGAUAAGGAUAAUAUCACCCCCGAGUGGGGUCUCCCCUCUGGUGGGCACAAUGAGAAAGACACAAAGAAUGAAGCAAAGGAAGAAGGACAUUUUAAUUCUACAAUGGUGAAUGUUGCCACACGUCAACCAAAGAAGAACCCCAGUUGCGAAAAGAAAUAUUUUAGCAAAAUUUCCAGCUGCUAUUACAAAAGCAGAAAAGGGAAUAACAACGUUGUGACAUUUAACAUGGCGAAGAAUUGGAUGAAAUUGAAAGGGGAGGAAGUAGACGACUUGACAAAUAUCAGUUACAAAAAUUUUAGCAGCAAUAUAAUUAGUGAAAGGUGUAAUAUGCUCUUUAGGGGUAAAAAUUUUUACAGGCCUUGCAAAAAAAAAGGAAGAAAAGAAUACUCUUUCAAUUUUGACAACUAUGACAACGAGUGUUAUUGCUUUUGUUGUGUUGGUACUCAGGUAAAAAGAGGAGAAGAGAAAGGUAAAAAAGAAGGCAAACAAAUUAUUCUGGCUGAUUAUAACUAUAGCAAUGUUGACUCGGUUGAUAAUUUUGUAGUACACAAUAAUCAGACCAUAGAGACAAUCUCAGAAAUUGUUAACAAAGAACGAAUUGUUGCUAAUGAGAGAAAUCUUAAAAGCGCUUACGUAAAUGAUACGUUUGUAAUUGAGCAGAGGGAGAAGGCAACCCCCGAAAACAUGUUAAUGAGAAGAAACAUGUCGGGGGAGAAAAUCUCUCGCACGCGUGUGAAAUGUCAAGAGGAGGGUGAAGAAUUAUCCAAGACAUUAGCACAAUUUGAAGAAAAUAAAAAAGGGGAACACCCCAUUGAAAAACCUUAUUACCGACUAACCCCAUGCGAUUUUCGUGGCAGUGGUUCCUACCUGUGCUGUUCCAUAGACAUGUUAAAAACUGUAAACAGAAACAUCAUGAUUAGAAUUAUUUUACAAAAUAGGGGCAUGAACUUUUUGUACUUCCUUAUGAAAUAUUUUGCCAAGAAGGAGACCCAUAAAGGGUUUUCUCAAACUGGGACUUACACUCUCGAGGGGGAACAUACCAGGGUGAGAAGCGCAACAGGGGGAAACAUCCACCAUACGAAGCACUCCAAAAGGGGGAGAAGUUUAUUGGCGUUUUCAGCUCUACAAAAGGAAUCACUCACCGAUCAUCGGCGUGUCCUUAAAAAUGCACAUGUCAAAAUCGAAGCGAAUAAAGGAAAGCGCGUCGGAAUUGAGCAGCACCUUCUGGAAGACAACCCCAUUUAUAAAAGCGUCCUUUUAAAAAACAGACGUGGGGGAAAAAACAAAAUAGAGGCAAAAAAUUUAUUCUAUGAAUUAAUCAAACUUAUAAACAUAAAAUCGUACAACUCUCGUUUAUUUUUGCACACCCUGGAGUACUACGCAGAUAACAGCGACUUGUCUGGGCUGUUCACCCUUCUGCAAACGCUAAAACAUUUUAGCGAUAAUUUCUUCCAAACGGUUCACAAAUCGGCUGAGUUUAACUUUUACGAACAGGUUAAAAUUGGGAAGGGUAUCCAUCGGGUCGGAUGUAAACGGGGUGAAGAGCGGAAUCAUCACUUGGGGGAACAGUCCACAUUUGCGCAAGAGCCGCAAAGGAGGAGUGGUCAACACCUGGAUAAAUAUGAAAAAAGUUUUUUAAAAAUAAUAAGUUACAUUCAAAAUGAGUUCCGAAAUGAGUGCACACCUUACAUUUACAAUUUUGUCGAGUCAGUACUGGAGGCACAUGGGAUUUUCCUUUUAAAUUUUGACUCAUUGUAUAACGUAAAAAUUUUGCACCACCCCCCUGGUAGUGAAACCAGCCCAGGUGUGCCAGCAAAUGGGGAACCCGCAAAAACGUGUGUCUUAAAUAAUUUUCCCAAAGUGCAGGAAGCCGUAAAAUGCCACCUCUUCCGUGCUAGUCGCUCCAAAAUGAGCGCUAACAACACAAACAACAUCUGCUACUCCAUGAUGGUGAAACUGAGCAGGAAUUUUCUAUGUUUAAAUUAUCUAUCAUACGAAAAUACUAGAAGCAGAAUUAACAUAAAUAUCUCCGUAGGAAAGGACAGCAACCUCAUGCAGUACAGGGAAAAGUACCUAACUUGCAAGCGGGUGAACAAACUCCACAAGUACAUUUUAACUUACCUGCUGGGAAAUCAAAGCUACACAGGAAUAUACUUCUUUGUGUUGAUGAACAGAAAGCUAUUUCAAUCUCCACAGAAGUGCAACUAUUUAGUAAAGGAACUUUACAAAAUAGAACACCGUUUUUGCUUCUUUAGCAGAUGCUCCGAUUCACAUCUGCGUUGUUUGCCCUGCUAUAUAUAUUCCCAGCUGCCCAAUAAUUUGUUAGCUCUGUCUUUGUACAAUUUGGCGGACAUAUUUUUGCACGACUGGGAGGAGUUUACCGCAAAGGGUGAGCCUGUCAAGGUGGUAAAUGUACAAACAGAAACAAGUGAAAAAAAAGGAGUCCAGUGCACCCAAUUUAGAGCCUCUAAUGAAGCGCUGUUUGUCGCAGCUAAGGUGCCCACGGACCAAUUUCACCGCGAUGGGACACUUCACCGUGAUGAGACACCUCACCAUGAUAAGGAACUAUUCCAUGCGCAAGGCAGGAGAAACCCGUCAAUCUGUCCUCGCAGUCAUUCCCCUUACGACGUGAACAAAAUAGCAAAUGAGCACAUGUUAGGGGAACCGCCCGGGCAAUCAAAUCUGGACGAUGCGCAGGGAACGAACUCCAUUGUGAACACCAUUCUGAGAAGAGACAAACAUGGCAUUCCCUUCAUGUCCCUUCACGUGUUGUGCUUUCUAAAUUUUAAGUUAUUCCUUUGCAUCUUCAUGUUUAGCAAUGUGGAUAUCUUCGACUUGAAAAAAAAUAAAGAAAAUAGUCCCACUUAUGUAAACAUAUAUUUUUUUAAAAAAUUAACCAAGAAGUUUAUGCCCUCUGUUUAUGAAGCAUACUUUGGAAGCAGAGCUCUUUUGAAGGCCAAAUUUAAAAUCAAGUUGGAAGAGGAAAAGGGCCAGAACAAGGACUUGUUCAAGUUGGCCAUCGGAAAUUUAGCGAAAUGUGGGGAGAACUACCUCAAGGUGGGGAAGCAGGCGAAUGCACUUCAGAAGGGGAGAUCACACAAGGGAACAGCGGACGGCUCUCACAGCCUAUGCUUCGAAAACAUCCCACUAGUCAACAAAGUGUGCACUGGCCGCUCGAACCGCACGGAUAAGAAGUCCAAUUUAGUACAGGUCAUCUCAAAGAUGAAAAAAUGCACUUUGUCUAAAAAAAAAAUUCACCGUUCUGUGAUGCAGUACGAACAUUGUUAUGAUUCUUUCACCUAUAACAAAGACCUGUCUUUAAAGCAAUUGCUACAACAGACAGUGGACGAAAAUUUUUUCAGAACACACUUUUUCCCAUUUUCCAUUUUUAACAAUAUUUUUAAAAGCCAAAAAGAUGACCUGUCAUUGGAGCGUAUCGAUGAGGCUGCUUCGAAGGAAAGGGAAAUAAAAGAGAACCUUGACGGAAAAGCACAUUCAAAAAAGAAGCGGCGUCUCGAUGCGUAUCGCCUAUUUUGUAGUGACUCCCUCGCUGAAAAUAAAACAUUGAGGGGAAUGUACAACUAUAAGACAUUCUUUUCGGACGUGAGGAGGGGCCAAAAGACAGACCAUUACGAGAGUUAUGUGGCAAAAAUUAGGGGCGGUGAUCUAAAAACGGGGGAAUUGAACAACGCUUUGACGAAAUAUACCUUUUAUAAUGGACAUUACAAAUGUUACUAUGACGGUACGCCUGAGGAUCACACAGAAGGUGGCCAGAAUAACUGCAGACCAGUCAGCAAAAACCGCUUCUACUUUUUAAAACAUUUUGAUGUGAAACAUUUUCUGAUUUCGUGUCAGCCGUUGGUAGCAUACCACAUACUGAUCAUUAACCAUGUCCAUUACAAAAACAGAAGGGAAGGAGACUUAUCAAAAUACCUAUAUAUAAAUAACUUCGACACGAAAGUGUAUAACGAUUAUGUUCUAAGUAGCAAGGUUCACUUACCCCUAAAUUUAGCAGAAGGUCUAAAGAAUAUCAUUAGCGACUUAUGUUUGCAGCUGAGUAUAUUCUACUUUAACAACAACGAUGUCCUGUGUUCCGUGUUAUGCUUCCUACAUCUGUGUAAUGUCAACAUUGAAAAAGUGAAAAUGUACAUCCUUUCCAUGAAGAGUAUAUAUUAUUAUUUUAAAAAGAACUAUAAGAAAAGGUCCUUCUUCGACAAGUGGGCAAAGAGCUGUAUGGACUUUCUUAAAAUGGGUAAAUACACCCUUGAUGAUUUUUAUAAACAGAGGAAGAAUAUAUUUUACGAAAGUUUUAAUCUCACAGGUAUCAAUUAUUAUGACUUGUUUGAAAAAAGCUUUAUCGAAUUGAUUGUCAUUAAAAUGUUUUUAGAUCUCUUCAAGGAGGGGGUACAAGCGGACGUGGACGUUACUCCACAGAAAAGGGCAAACAAAUGGGUCACGCAAAAUAGCGUCAGCACCAGUGAGACGCUGGUUCUUCCACGCAAGAAAGACGAAGAAACGGGAACAACUGUGGAAGUACCCAUUGCGGAUAAGUACACAUAUAUAGAAGAAACGCGUACGAAUAUGUGCGAUGAGAGGGGUAAGCGCGACUUGUCCGUUUUGUAUAACACAGACACAGAUAAGUUACUCGCACGUGGAGCGAAUCAACCUAGGGGAAGAAAUAUCAACAGAACGAAUCAGAGCAUAACCAUUCCCGAUGAGGAUGAGAUAACCCCGAGAGGAAACAUGAAUACGUACCAUUUAGAGGAGACCAAACCGGGAAAGCAGGGCAACAGUGUAGGGGUAGGGGCAGAUUACUACACAACCAAGCCGGAGUCGAAAAACAUGUUCAUCCUGAUUCUGUUAGAAAAGUCCAUACAGUAUAGAAUAAGGGAACAGAAAAGGAGGAAGAAGAAAAAAAAAUACUUUAACGAUUUUUUAAACAUCAUUUCGCUCUACUGCAAAGUGAACAAUGUGCACCAGCCCCUAACAUUACUACACAUUUUGAGUAAUAAAAAUGACAUUUUUAUAUUCUUCUACGAAUGUAUUGAUAAAAAUAUAGACAUUAAGACUUGCCAAGACAUUGUAAAUUUAUACACAAAAAAUAAGCACACCAAAAGGCACAUACUGACCUUCUUAAAUCAUGUUCAAAAAAAUAUGAACACAAUAAUGAAGUAUCAAGCGAAGGACAAUGCACACAAUUUGGAACACCAAAGUGAAGAAGCGGAAAGCGGAGAAGGUAGGGAUAACUGCAAAGAUGAAACCCUCAAUAAUGGCAACCCAUAUAAAUCUACCAACGCACUGCUGCAAAGGAUUGAAAGCGUCUUCACGGGGAAUACCCAUUUUUACAAUCGCGAAAGUGGCACAAUGGAUGCGGGAAAAACAGUUUUGGAGUUACUCUACCAUUUGAUUUACAACAAUUAUGACUACAGGCGUGUGCAGCAUGCUAUCGAAAUGGUUAUCAGGCAUAAUACGUUUUACACAAAAUUUUACAUAUAUCUCACGGCUUAUGUGCAGUUUAUUUUUAGAAGCAAUUUUCCAUACCUCUUUGUAGACAGGUGCAAAAGGGCAGUAGCGGUAAUGUCAACGCAGAAGCAUGUUAACCAUAUCCAGCUAAACAUGAAUGAAAAAAUUUUUGGAAGGAAAUUUUACUCAUAUGAUGAUGUUCACAAUUUUAUAGCAUUCUUUAAACAAAAAAAAGCACAAUAUACCAACUUAAAGGUCAUGUUAAAAAACAUGUGGUUUUACGUACAAAUUAGUGGGUACUUAUUAUAUCUCAAAGAUAUGCAACUUUUAAAACUGGACAAUUUGAAAUUUUACCACUGUGUGCAUAAUUUAGGGGAGUACCAAGUGAAGAGGAUGGAUGUCUUUUUCGAUGUGAUGAAAAAAAAAGAAACAACAUAUGUGCUAAUAUUUUUUCUCCUUAGCAAUGGUAUAUACAAUUUACUGGACAGAUUUCUCUACAUCUUUUAUUUUGACAAACCCAUAGUUUGUUUCUGUAAUUUUGUGCGAUGUGUUCGAGAGUGUCACUUUGAUCGGGCGCUGUAUUAUCUGAAGAAGCAUUACAACAAGUACGUUAGGAGGAGGUACACAAAUGGAAACAAUUUAUAUUACUUUUUUUUUAAGCACCUUGUAAAUUAUGUCUUGAUGGAGCGACCCAAUACGAGACAUAUCAUUUUGGAAAUGCUUGUACGAACAAGGCAAGACUGCAAAUACGAUUUUGCCUUUUAUGCGAAUAACGCUCUGGUAAACGUAGACCUAAGGAAGGAUGUCCUCUUGAUCAUUUUCGAUGCAUGCGAAGAGUUAGCAGAUAGAAACAAAUUUGAGAGGGCCCAAAAAAUGCUUUCUGAUAUUUAUGCGUCUAUAGAAAAGACCUCCUUGAAAUAUGCUUUUCCGUACAACAAGGAGCACAUCACAUUGAGAAGAUUUGUGCUGACCCAUUACAUGUGUUUUAAAAACUUUUUAUUUAUCAUAAGGGAGAAACAUUACGUGGACGACUACCUAAUUGCACUGUAUAAUGUGUCCCUCUCCUGGGGAUACUCAAAGGUAAUCUUCCUCAUCUUUCUUUUGAACUACUCAUACACUUUUCAGUCCAAGCUAAGUGUCUAUGAUCAGACUACCAUUUUGCUACUCUGUAUAUUUCUCGCAAAUAUGUUGAGAGGACAAUCCAACCAGGUGUGCAAAAAGGUUAACAGGAAAAAAAAAAACAUAUUCCUGUACGUGGAGGAAAAGAUACUGUCAACUAAAAAGCUGUUUAGUAGGAACUCUAAAGGAAGAAGCAGGAAGGAGAAGGAAAAGAAGAAAUGCCCCGGGCUGUCCAUCCUGAACUUCCUCCCGCUGAACAAUGAAGAAUGCGAAAAUUUGUUUCUUUUUAAAGACUACAAUGAGAAUAGAAUAAAAUAUAUAAAAUAUCAUGAGGACACCUUUCCCAACUUUGAAGCAGACAAUGAGCAUGUGCAGUUUCGCGAUCAGCUUUACGACUACGAGAGGAAGUUCUUCUACAAUUUUGAAAGAAACGUUCAAAUUGUUAAGCACCUGUGUUUGAGUAAAAAGACAAGAAACGACCUGAAAUUGAAAGUAUUGUAUUUACUGAACUUAUCAACAAGGGAUAAAAUUCCUAUACAGUUUAACCAACUCAGUAUACCCCAGAUAAAAUACAUUUUAAAAAAAAUCCGGACGCACAGAAAUAAAAAUACAGUGAUGCAUGUGCACAACGUCACUAACAUGGGAAUUCCCCCAUGUGGAAUUACAACAGAACGACAGUUAAAACGGAUAAGUCAAUUAUACAGAAAGGGGGAAGCACCAAUUGGUGAAAAUGGGACAAAUGUGAAUUACGUGGGGAGUACACAAAGGGACGUUCUACCACAGUCCACUCAGGGAAGAAACUCAUAUGGGAACAGCACCGUGCUGAGGGGGAUGCCUAUUGGACAACUCGCUAACCGUCAUGAUCGUUCCACGUAUGGCAAAAGAAAAAAGGAAGCCAUAUACUCAGAUAGUGGUGAUAUAGUCCCUAAUCAAUUAAAGGACAUCGGGAAGGAGAAACAAAAGGAAAAUAAUUUACAUGAUGAAAAUUUUAUUUUCAGGGAAAAGAAUCAUAAAAGUUUUGCAAACCAUGAGGAUAAUAUAACAAAUUUUGUGAGCAUUUUUAUAUGUAUAAAUAAUUUAAUUAACAAUUUUGAUGUUAUCACUGCGCAGAGGAUAAUAGACAAGUUUUCAAUUUUGAAAAUAUACAAGGAAAUAACAAUUGGUGAAAGGAUGAUGCUAAAAAAAGACGAACCCUGGAAAGAGUCAUUUCGACAUAACACAAAAAAUGGUAGCAACGCGCGUAGAAGUGACCUAAAUGGCGAUGCCAAACGAGAGAAGGGAAGCACAAAUAUACACAGGAGAGACAUAUCAACGCGGAUAGAACCGCCAUCCAUUUUUGAAAAAUGUCUAAGUGAUCGAAACGAUGAGAAGUGGCCUUCCCCUUAUGAUCCUUUUAGAAAAAUAAGAAAAUAUUCCCUCUUUCAUAAAAACGAUAUUGAUGCAAAAAAAAAUCUGGAAACAAAAUUAAGCAUGAAAAGUAACAAGUCUCAUCUGCACAUUGACGAUAUAUAUAAGUUCAUUUACUACAAUUCGGCUUAUGCCCUCGUUAUAUAUUACUGUUUGUGUAAUGGCCUCCAAUCGGGAGAAAAUCUCACGAAAUUAUUAUCCCCCAAGAGGGGAAAAAGAACUUCCAACUGGUUGGAACACCUAUUUGAGACAACCAAAAAAAAAUGCAGUUGUGAUAUCUAUGCAUUUAUUCUGAGGGCGGAAUUAUUACUUACCAUUAAAAGCCGAAUAUGUGGAAUUAAUGGUCUUAUAGCAAGACCCAUGUUGCAUCAACCAAAUGUAGACCCUUCCCUGUUAACAUUAUACUUUUACCUUCUAAAGAAUUCAGUUAGCCUAAAUGGAACCAAGGCGUUCGAUACGUCCUUCGUAUUGAAAUUCACGUACCUGUUUAAAAGCAAAAUGAAUACCCUUGCUACAAAUUUACUGAUUUAUCAUAACUUUAUUUUAUUCCUUUUAAGUAGCUUGCAAAAGUACAGUUUGCGCGAACGUCUUGAUAACAGACACGUCACUGAGAGUGCUAAUAUGGCUAUAUCUCUGCAGAAGUGCACCCGGGAGAGGAAAAAGGAACAGAGGGGGCACUCAUAUUCGCAGAAUGGGGUGGCACAGAAUGAUACUUCCAAGAAAGACACCGCGAAGACACAAUGGGCGGAUAGAAUUUUCCUUUACCACGAAUGCUCCCACGACUUCUUGAGUGAGUACACAAAUUUGAUAUUGACCGAUUCUUGCAACUGGUUAUGUGGGAGGUACUACUUUAGGAGCCUGUUGGAUGUCUACUUCUGCCUGUUGCGCGUGAUGAUAAGGAAUGGGUGCAAGGGAAAAGGGUCACGGGGUAGGAGGAAACGAGGAUUCUACUACCGCCAGGGAGAUAUUCUCAAGCUCAUGGAGGGUAUCAAAAAAGGAGAGCCCAAUUUUGCAAACAUGUUAUGUUCCAAGCUGAUUAGCUUCUAUCGAAAGAAUUGUAUAGUCUUACCCGCAGAAGUAGAAGUAGAGGUGGUUAUCUUUUUAUACAAACUAGCAUGCAAAUUCACGUCCGAUGUACACAUCACAUACAUUAUAAAUUUGAUCAAAAUGAGAAGGCACAGUUAUGUAAGAAGAAAAAAAUGGCACCUCAUUUUUCGACUUUUGGUAAACAUAAACGAGUAUGACAAAUUAGACUUCCUUUUUAAACUAAUCUUUGAACAUAUGUCCAUUUUUGAUUUUUUAAAAUAUAACAGAAACAUGUUUUUGUCGCUGAAUGUUUACAAUUUCAAUUGCGACCUUAGUGUUUCCCUCAAUAGCAGCUGUUUAUUGUACAACCAAACAUUGUGCAAAUUAGGUCCCAUGCGUGGAGGGGUAAAUGAUUAUUACCGUGCAGAGCGGAAAUCUGGGGUAAGUGCAUCAGGGAUUACCACCCAAAGGGUACAUAACCACUCGGGAGAUGACGAUGCUCCAAAUAGAGGCAUCAUUAGGAGAAGAAAAAAUGCUCAGGUGAAUGUUAGAAGCGGCGGUAUCAGCGCCAAUAAUCGCCCCAGUAAUCGCGCUCUGCAACGCAGCGUAAAAAUUAAAAGUGAAAAAGUUAUGCACUUAGUGGAUGCUGUGCACAAUUUGUACAGAAAAGAAAAACAGGAGAAAAGGAGGGCAGAGCAAAACCAAGUAAACAUUUCGUACAACUUUAAAGGAUUAAAAUUUUCAGAUUUGAUCAAUUUUUACGAAGAGAAUUAUGUGAAAACAUUUGAACAGAGCAAGAUGAUCCCUUCCGCUACUCCUUUUAUAUUUUAUGAUGACCAUUUGUUUGUCUACAUAUUGUCCUUGUACGUGGUGCACUACUGCAAGUUUUCUAAAUGCGACAUGGAAAUAUUAGCACGGGUUUAUAAACAAGUGGGACUGAAGCAUGAGUUGUACGAACUGCUAAGUCGGGAAGCGAAUAGCUGUGUGCAAAGUUUAAAGGGAGAUAAAGAUGUUUUUGACCUAUUGCACGUUCGUACAAUAAUCGUUUGCAUAAACCUGCUACACCAUUGCGCUCUCAUAUCACUAGAAAUGACCAAUUUAUAUGAGUACCAGACAACCUUGAACGAUAUUUAUCUCCUAAUUUUGCAGCUCAAAUAUGUAUAUUUACACAAUAAGCUACAUUUACAACAAAGGAAAAGCAGCAAUUUUUUAGCUUAUUUCGACAAAUGCAUUGUUUUCAACAAUUUGGGACGUAAACAAUUGUACGAAAAGAGCUUUGAACAAAUGUUUGAUCACGUCGUGCAGGAGAACAUUCCGAUUGGCAACUACAAAAUAAACUUCCUCAAUUUAGGUCUUGAGGAUUUUAUUUCUUUGGUGGAGCAACACCCCGUGUUUUACGAGACGCUGAUUUUGUUGAAGGCGUAUGAAAAAAAUUACGACGACCUGGUGUACGCGUUUAUACCCAAAAUGUUAUACAUUCAGGUUAUCCUUUACGGCAAUAAAAAAUAUUUAACGGACUACUGUUCCUACAGUUGCGUCGACAACAACACCAUAAAAUACGUGGCUAAGUUAUUUCAAAUUAACAGCAUUCACUUAAAAUUUCAUAAAAAUUUCCCAACCGAAAAGUAUAAGUAUUUGAGUGCCAAGAACGACGUGUUGACGUUUGAUUUUUCGCGUUACAUUUUAUCCGCAAUAAAUAUACAACCAACUCGAGAGGAGGGAAAAGGAACAGUCUGGGACUACGUCCAUCAUGUGCGUUCGCUGAAGCACUUGCUGGGCCAAACAAGCAAUAUCGAUUUGAAAAUGAAGGUGAGACAGGAGUUGCCCCUGCACGUGAAUGCAAGCGCGUAG